CAUCCACGUUGAAAGGAAGUGCCAACUUCGCCAAAGUCACCAAGACACUCAGGAAGGACUCGUAGUCUCCCCCCCCCCCCCAGUUUGGCUCAUGGUGUAACAACAGAACUGACUCAACCAGCUGAAACCGUUCAUGAACUUCUCAAGUUCUUGAGAUAUUUGAGGAAUGGUGAGGCGAUGCGGCAGGAAGAUGACAGCAGACAGACAGUGACGCCGAGCCCAGAGAUGAUCUGGACUCGUUGAAGGCAACAUCCAGCUGAGAGACGGUCUUGGUCACCAACAUGCGCCUCCUGCUGGUCUUUGUGGCUGCACUCAGUCAGCUCCCAGGCCGACGUGCUGCAUUCAGUGUCAAACAGUCCAUUACGAGAUGUCCCAUUCGCUAUUAUGGAGAACUCUACAUCAAUAUAUAUGUGAACGUCACAAACGGCACAACGGCAGCUUGUUUCAAAGGUUACUACGGCCAGACGGCCGACAACGACUGUGUUGUUGCACGCCUGCGACAAGGCAACCAGGGGCCGGUGGACAUCGGUAACCUCUUAAGGGAACCCCCCGACUCCCCCGCUCAUCUGGCGCUGCCGCAACUCACCGGGACGUCCACGUGCUACACAAGAAUGAGGAUAAGACAAGACGGGACGCCGAUUUUCAAUAUCCUCUUUCGGACGUUUGGGGAACAGCAAGUUGCACGCUUCAGGAUCCAUCGAGACAUAGACUCGGACUCUAAAGCCACUGCCAUGGUCGACGGGAAAGAAGUGGCCGUCUGGGAUAUUACGCAAUCACGGGAUAUCUUCAAGGACAUCAGCGGCUGCAGACACUCGGGCGUCUUCUACCUCCCCAACACGGUGGCUUGCGACCACCAAGGCACCCACGUGUCCUGCAACGGAACAGCAAACCUUAAGGCGAUUCCUCAAUACAACAACAUGUGCGUGAAUGAGGCCGUAUGCACCGUGACCGCGUCCACCGUCAUUGAUCACCAUGGCAACACUACCUCAGUGGACGAUCGAUGUGCCUACACUCUGUUGUCGGAGUCAGGCGUCCGGGUGGUGGGCGUCUUUCAGGAGCGCCGUCGGAAAGACGUGAUGUUUUUGGACCGCAUCGUCAUUCAUCUCGAUGAUCCAGAUGUUGACAUCCACCUGGGACAAGGUGGGAGGGUUGAGGCCAACGACACCAAGCUGAACCUCAGCAGUACACCCGAGGAGCAUCACGGCGUGGACUUUCUUAAGGAUGAAACUGGAGUGAGCGCCAACGUGUCCCACUCCAACUACUCCACCUUGAUCUUCUUUGAUGGAUACACGGUUCAAAUCCACACCACGCAUCCGUGGAUGCCGAAAGGAUCAAAUGAGUCAAUGGCCCUCCUUGAGAACCUGGGCGGUUGGUGCAGCAACGCUAGCAUGGAUUCAACUGACGUGAAGUCGUCGGAUUCCAGCUCUGAGGGCUGCGAGAUGCGCUUCAACGACACGACUGACAGCAGCAUCAACUGCACCGCCAUCAACGACCGCUGUGAACUCCUGAGAGGAUGGCACUUCAGCGACUGCCAUGACGACAUCGAUCCCGAGGCCUACAUCGCGGCCUGCAACAACACGCUGUGCCGAUACCCCGAUGUGGAUGGUCUGAUGUGCCAGUUUCUGGAGGCCUACACCAAAGCCUGCAGUCUGAGGAACCACAAUGUGGUGCCAUGGAGGUCAACGGCCAACUGCUUUCCAGUGACCACUCAGGCUUUCUGUAACGACACCCUGUGCGUGGACCAUGAGUUCUGUGCUGAAGGUCUCGGUGGUGGCAUCAGAUGCUUCUGUCGAGCCAUUUUUGUUUCCGACUACAGAUCCAACAACUCCUUGGGUAAGAGCAGCGAGUGGAGCAUGGUCAGUGAGGACCACCAAACAGAUCGAUCAAUGUCCUUGGUUUGUUCAGGUCAACCGGUGGUCUGCAGUCCAAACUCUGCUUCAAUGACUCUGCUGGGUUGCCUCCUGGAGGAAAUAGAUGUCGACUAUUCUGACGUACAUCUCCUUGACGACUCCUGCAGAGGCGACCGAGACACGGAGCACAUGGUGACCUUCCGAUUCAACCAGAGCAACGCCUGCGGCGUGGAGGUGACGGCCAACAAGAGCCACGUGGUUUAUAAGAACAACUUCACCAUAGAAGGUGCCACCAGCGAUGUCAUCGAUCGUUUUGAUCAGUUUGAAACUUUGGACUUCUCCUGCUUCAGCGGCCAACCUGCCAUCCAGAGCAUGGCCUUCAAGAUCAGAGCCAAUUCCGUGGGCCAGCAGAUCGUAUCUGGGUCUUGGAACUACAGCGUCAAGAUGACCGCCUACAAUGAUGCGGACCACAAACAUGCUCUAACGUCCGACACUGAAAUCCAGAUGAACCAGACGGUCUUUGUGGAGCUGAUGGUUUACGGUCUGUAUGACAACCUGGUCAACUUGGUGACUGACUCCUGCUGGGCGACCCCCAAGUCUUCGCCCGCUGGAGCUCUGAGAUACAACAUGAUCACUGACGGAUGUUCUGCUAACAAGCGCCUCGUGAAGGUGCAGGUCAAUGGAAAAGGAACAUCCAGCUACUUCUCCUUCCACAUGUUCCACUUCUCCGGUCAAGGUCAUGGCGUCUACCUGCACUGCCAAUUCCAUGUGUGUGCCAAUCAGAACGUCACCUGUGGCCCGAGCUGUGAUGAACCUGCUAAGACAAGAAGACGCAGGUUUGCCAAGUCCGAUUAUGCUGACCAAGGUCCUGCCCUCAUCAGCAUGUCCUGGACCUAAUUGGACCAGGACUUGGACCAAUGGACCAAUUAGGUUGUUUCCAUGGUGACUCGGACAGCAUACUUAUAUUGUGUGGACCUUUUACAGUGUUUCAUUCUUAGUCCUGACCAUGUGUAAUAAUAAAAACAAUACUCCAA